AUGGCUGCUCCUGGAAGGGGCAGAUACCACACGUCUCCCGAGAAAUUCGGAAAAUACCCCGUCCUCCCCUCCUCCUUUGCCAUGACCGCCUACCCCGAGUCCCUCUUCGUGCCCCGCUCAAUACCUCGACCGACAUACGUCCCUGCCAACUUCUUCGACGCGCCAUGGGGUGAUCACGCCACUGUCGAGGUGGAUGAGCGUGCCUUCCUGGACCGCGGGAUCCAGCUGGGCGGGUCGGACGAAGCGAAGAUCCGGAAAGUAGCGGCUUUGGCGGCCGAGGUAUUGACAGAAAUUGAGAAGCUGGUCAAGCCAGGAGUCACUACCUCCCAGCUAGACGCAGCUGUACAUCAGCUCAUAGUCCACCGAGGGGCAUACCCAUCGACUUUAGGCUAUGGGAGCUUCCCGAAGAGUUGCUGUACUUCUGUGAACAACGUCAUUGCCCAUGGUAUCCCAGACGACCGACCCCUCCAUCCAGAAGAUCUCAUCAAUAUCGACCUGACACUGUAUCAUGAUGGCUUCCAUGGGGAUACAUCAAUAACGUUCCUUCUACCUGGUGCCGACAAGCUCGGUCGGAAUUUGGUGAACGCAACGCAAGAAGCGCUGGAGCUGGGAAUACGGGCGUGUGGGCCGGGCAAGCGCCUGAAUGGGAUUGGGAAAGCUAUAGAAGACUUUGCGGAGCGACAUGGCUUCUCCGUCAACUCGCAAUUCGGCGGACAUGGCAUCGGGCGAAACUUCCACCAAUCACCAGCGAUAUGUCACAACGCGAAUAGCGACAGAGAUACCAUGAGAGUCGGGGACUGCUUCACUAUCGAACCCUCCCUGGUCCAGGGAAGCAAUAGCAGGGGGUUCCAGUGGGAUGAUGGGUGGACCAUGGCGACCGAGAGCGGAGCAAGAUCAGCCCAGCAGGAACAUCAGAUCCUGAUCACAGAGACAGGAGCGGAGGUCCUCACGAGGAGACCAGGGGAGCAGACGUAA